AUGAACGCAUCGCAAAGCGUUUUGCUCAUUGCGUUUCUAUUCUUCUCACAAUCUUUAGUACACACCUUCAAACACAACAGCUAUGCCAUUGAUAACUCCUUUCUUCAAGAUAACGUAUUGGAUGAAGCCAAUGAAUUGAGUGAAUUGUUUUUGUCGGAACUUGAGACAUUUAACAACAAUGUGCUCGAAAAGUUAGCGGACCGUCUUGUCAAUGUCCUCAAUAAUAAAGGAAUUGACAUGGACUCACCAGACAACGUUAAGAAUCUCUACAAUUUCCUCCAAAAUGCUGAACUGGUUGACGCUCCAACACAAGAAAAGCCAAAGUCGUUUAAGCAGAAGCUAUUGUCGGGACUUAAAAAGGCAGCCAAAGGAAUAGGUAGAGAAGCUCUGAUCCACGCCACAAGGGUAUUAGUGGGAUAUGGAGUUAAAGAAGGGAUGCCAGAACUUGAAAGGAUCGUCAAAGUUUCACUCACCUCACUUCCUGUGAAUCUCAAAGUUGCCAUAGCUCCGAUGGUCUACGUCUUGUUCAGAAACCUGUUCAAAAAGGCUAAGGUGAAAGCUCCGCCAGGCUUCUCAUUGAAGGAAAUUAUACUCUAUGGACUCAAUGAACAAGAUAAACAACUUGCUCUAAAGUAUAUGGCCAAUGGUGUUAAAGAUAUUUAA